AUGGCGAGGCGUCCUCGGAGUCCGAUGCAUGUCCCGAAGAUCUCGCGGAGGAUACGAGCCUGUACGGAAUGCAAACGCCAUAAAGUUCGGUGUGACAUGAACGCGGGGGAGACGAUCUGUCAACGAUGUCGGCGGAUGGGCUUGGAAUGUGUCGUCAACAAAAGUCUCCAGACAUUGCUGGAUGACGAGGCAGAGUGGAAAUCAACCAUUGAGCUCGCCAUGGCCGAUCUGCUUCGCAGAGCUCAAUUGCCAGAAUUGUCGUACUACCAAGCGGUCGGAAAAUCAACAGAGCGUCCAUCCAAACGAAGAGGCCGCAAAGAGUCCACUGCGUCAAUAGAGGAUAGCCCUCCAGAUCACGCUCUCGAGGGAGUUGCCCAGUCGAUUGAUCUAGGCGCCGAAAAACCGAAUGUUUCCACUGCAUCCCUUCAGCAACAACCGCAAUAUGCCAUCGACAGAGAAGAGAAUGGUGCUACGUCACUCGUCACUGCUCCUAUGGGGAGUUUGUACGAAGUGACCCAAUUGAGCGAUAUACGGGCCACCUCCCCAGAACGACAAUAUGCGACCGAUCGAGCGCUCGUUACGGAUUUUGUCUCGCGCGGAGCAGUGGAGCUACAUGAAGCAGAAGAAUUGUUUGAUCACUUUGACCGUGUUCUAAACCGUUAUCUCUGGGACGGGAUAUUACUCGUCCAUAAUGAUCUCACGGCUCUGCGGAACUCCUCGUCCAUGCUCUCUGCAGCCAUUCUGGCGGUCACGGCUCUCCAUCUGCCCAAUAAAGAGAGAACCUUUGAUACAUGUUACACCGAGUUCGCAAAACUAGCGUCGGAGUCCAUGCUAGACAGACAUCAUACCCUGGAUGAUUUACGCGCAUUAUGCAUAGGGGCUUUUUGGCUUGCGGAUGUGAGCUGGAAGCUGUCUGGGUAUGCAGUCCGGAUUGCUACCGAACGCAACCUACACCAAGCCUAUCGAAAAGCCACAUUGGGAUCGCCAGAGCACAAGGAACAGGCUAGGCUGUGGUAUCUCCUCUAUACUCUAGAGCAUCACUUUUCGAUCGCCUAUGGGAGGCCGCCCAUAAUACACGAAGACUACAGCAUUACAAAUCACCAUACCUUUAUUCUAUCCCCGUCAGCCCCGCAAUCCGAUCUUCGCUUGCAUAGCCAGGUGGAUCUGUUCAUUAUUCUUACGAGGAUAUACCAUGCAUUUGGUCCAGACGUGGAUUUGGAGGUUCCAGAAAGUGAAUUCUCGAAAAUCGAUAAAUAUGAUGCUGAACUCGGGCAAUGGCGGUCCGCUUGGUUACCGCGUUUAGCCGGAAGUCGGUACGUUGGUGCUUAUCCCUAUAAAGCUGUAUAUCUGCACUAUAAUUUCUCCCGCUUACAGCUCAAUUCGGUUGCUCUGCGAACUUAUCAUUCUUCAAAUUCGACACGUCCAAUGUCCGCUGAACGAAAGAAGCGGGCAAACCUGGCCAUCGAAUCUGCAAUCAGGACGCUCAUGGUUGUCCUGGAUGAGCCUGACAUCCAAAGGGCUUUGGUCGGGGUUCCGCUGUAUCUUCACAGCAUGAUCACAUUUGCGGCGGUGUUUCUCCUAAAGAUUGCUGCCAAGGGCUGCUCGAGUGUCAUCCCUGGGAGCCAAAAUCAACAGAACUCAAUUGCAUCGGCAAGUCUCAAUAUCGACGUUUCGUACGUGCGUACCUUGGUCGGCCGCAUCGUUGAGUUGAUGGUGUCCUGCAGCAAGAGGGCCAGUGAACGCCACCUCAGCUACCAUAUAUCCCGGGGUCUGAAGAAAAUGCUCACUGGACUUGAAGAAUGGGAGAAACGAAACUGUGGCUUUCAGCAGCCCACAGGACAGGGCUCUUAUGACCAAUCUUCAAUGUUCAAGCCAGUAAUCAUACCCGCACUUGGCGAACGCGAUACGAUUUUGAGCCACCCGCCCCCAUUACUAGGUGUUGCUCCCUUAUCCGCAGAGAGGGGCAAUGGAUUCGAAACCGAGAGGAAAGAUCCGAAUGGACUCUCGGAAGGCUCUAUGGACCCUAUGAUGGCUGAUCUCUGGGGUUUCGACGAAGAGUAUUUCCCUACUGGUGUUUUCGAUUUCCUUCAGUCCCAGAUGCCUGCCUGA